GAAGUAGCGGUGCAUUGUGGGCUCUCUCCGAGCGGUGGAGUUGAUCCUGAAUGAAAGUGGUGCGCCGCCUCUGACGUUUCCCGGGUAGGAGCUGCUGGGAUUCCGACCCCUGCCGGGAUUCGGGUGCCUCGGACCCUGUACGGAGCCGACCGCGAGGAGGCGGCGGCAUUGGCGCGGCGAGCGUUGGUGGAGGGGGCGGCUCUGCGCGGCCCCGAGACAUGGCUCAUAACAAGAUCCCACCACGGUGGCUGAACUGUCCGCGGCGCGGCCAGCCGGUGGCAGGAAGAUUCUUACCUCUGAAGACAAUGUUAGGACCAAGAUAUGAUAGUCAAGUUGCUGAAGAAAAUCGGUUCCAUCCCAGUAUGCUCUCAAAUUAUCUAAAGAGUCUGAAGGUUAAAAUGGGCUUGUUAGUGGAUUUGACAAAUACUUCAAGGUUCUAUGACAGAAAUGACAUAGAAAAAGAAGGAAUCAAAUAUAUAAAACUUCAGUGUAAAGGACAUGGUGAGUGCCCUACAACUGAGAAUACGGAGACAUUCAUUCGUCUGUGUGAGCGGUUUAAUGAAAGAAACCCACCCGAACUUAUAGGUGUUCAUUGUACCCAUGGUUUCAAUCGCACUGGUUUCCUCAUAUGUGCCUUUUUGGUGGAGAAAAUGGAUUGGAGUAUUGAAGCAGCAGUUGCUACUUUUGCUCAAGCCAGACCACCAGGAAUUUAUAAGGGUGAUUAUUUGAAAGAACUUUUUCGUCGCUAUGGUGAUAUAGAGGAAGCACCACCCCCACCUCUGUUGCCAGAUUGGUGUUUUGAGGAUGAUGAAGAUGAAGAUGAGGAUGAGGAUGGAAAAAAGGAAUCAGAACCUGGGUCAAGUGCCUCUUUUGGCAAAAGGAGAAAAGAACGGUUAAAACUGGGUGCUAUUUUCCUGGAAGGUGUAACUGUUAAAGGUGUGACUCAAGUAACAACUCAACCAAAGUUAGGAGAGGUACAGCAGAAGUGUCAUCAGUUCUGUGGCUGGGAAGGGUCUGGAUUCCCUGGAGCACAGCCUGUUUCCAUGGACAAGCAAAAUAUUAAACUUUUGGAGCAGAAGCCAUAUAAAGUAAGCUGGAAAGCAGAUGGUACUCGGUAUAUGAUGUUGAUUGAUGGCACAAAUGAAGUUUUUAUGAUUGAUAGAGAUAAUUCAGUGUUUCAUGUUUCAAAUCUGGAAUUUCCAUUUCGUAAAGAUCUCCGUAUACAUUUAUCAAAUACUCUCUUGGAUGGGGAAAUGAUUAUUGACAGAGUAAACGGACAGGCCGUUCCUAGAUAUUUGAUAUAUGACAUAAUUAAAUUCAAUGCACAGCCAGUUGGAGAUUGUGAUUUUAAUAUUCGUCUGCAGUGUAUAGAAAGAGAAAUAAUAAGUCCUCGACAUGAAAAAAUGAAGACUGGGCUCAUUGACAAAACACAGGAACCAUUUAGUGUCAGAAAUAAGCCAUUUUUUGACAUCUAUACUUCAAGAAAGUUACUUGAAGGAAAUUUUGCCAAAGAAGUCAGCCAUGAAAUGGAUGGACUUAUUUUUCAGCCUAUUGGAAAAUAUAAACCUGGUCGAUGUGAUGAUAUUUUGAAAUGGAAGCCUCCCAGUCUGAAUUCUGUGGAUUUCCGCCUAAAGAUAACAAGAAUGGGAGGAGAAGGGUUACUUCCUCAGAAUGUUGGUCUGCUCUAUGUUGGAGGUUAUGAAAGACCCUUUGCACAAAUCAAGGUGACAAAAGAGCUAAAACAGUAUGACAACAAAAUUAUAGAAUGCAAAUUUGAGAAUAACAGCUGGGUCUUCAUGAGACAGAGAACAGACAAAAGUUUUCCUAACGCGUACAACACUGCCAUGGCUGUGUGCAACAGCAUCUCCAACCCUGUCACCAAGGAGAUGCUGUUUGAGUUCAUCGACAGAUGUGCAGCAGCUUCUCAAGGACAGAAGCGAAAGCAUCAUCUGGACCCUGACACAGAGCUCAUGCCUCCACCACCUCCCAAAAGACCUCGCCCUUUGACCUAAGACCUGCCUCUGACUUAAGGAUUGAGAGGAAAAAUGAGUGAGAAAAAAUGCCGUUGCCCCGUUUUUGCAGCCAGAGGAAUUGGGAAAAGCGUGUGGCUUGAUGUUGAUACAUAUUUGAAUUUUUUUUUUUUUUAAAAGAAAAGUAUUGUAGCCAGCCUGUAAAUAUUUGAUGCGUUUGUUUCCUCAGUGCUACAAUACAUCGUGGACUUUAAACAUUUUAUUUAUAUCUGAUAAACUCAGCCUUACCUUGUGAAUCUGAAGAUUGAAAUAUCCAAAGGUUUAAUCGAGAUUGAAAUCAAUGAAAAAGAGGCCUUGUUUGUAUAUGGAUAACUUUCACCUUUAAUUUAUAAAGUUAGUAAUCUGGAACUGUGAGCGCAUAAAACACUGUAUUUUUUAGAAGCUGUAUUUCAACUAUGGUAAAUUUUCCGUUCGAAAAAAUCUAGGCAAUGGCAUUAAACAUUCUUGCUAUCAUUUAUCAUGGAUUUCCUACAUUUCUGAGAUUCUUGUAUUCAAAAACAAAUGACAAGGUUGUUAAGUAUUGUAUUAUAUUAAACAACUUGGUCUGGCUUAUAUCAUUUUAAGAAGUUUUUUUUUUUUUUUUUGAGAUGUAAACGUAAAAAAGUAAAGCCCCGUUUUUGUGAGUUGCAUCCUUUCUAAAGGAAGUAUAUUUGAGUAUUUUCAUGUUUCUGUUCUUUGAACUAAAAUAUCAGAUAUCCAAUGUGUCCAUUCUGGCAAUGGCUUUGAGUUACUUCGUAGAACUUAGAUCUACACUACCAGGUCCCUCUUAUGUGCUGUUCUCCUGGGAGACUCUUUUUUUUUUCUUUUAAAAAGCCAGGGCUACUUCUGCUUUACCUCAGUGGUAUCGGCACGUUGUAAAUUACAUUAAAACACACAACUCACUGUGAUUAUGGGAGUGAUAUCAAAUACAAAUGAUGUUGUGUUAGUUCCCUUGAACAAAACGGCACAAAGGAAAUGCCAGCUGACUCCUUUGAUUAGAAGGUAAUGCCCAUGGAAUAGAAUGCUGUCACUAGAAAAUGCUCUCCCACUGCUAGAUAAAUGCAGAGGCAAAGAGUAGACAUCUGUAGGAACUAAACAUCAAGGAAGCCAACACAUUUAUUUUCAAAGCCAGAAUUCUAUCUAUGUUCUGUGCUAGGGAUGCUAUUUCUGUCAUACAUCUGAAUUUUAAAACAUUUACUGAUAGAUAAUGGAUUUAAAGAGCAGCUAAUUGGUCAUCUGCCAUUGUUGAGAAGCCGUGUUCUGACUAGUUUGUGAAGGAACUCUGAAAAUUAGCCUAUUAGAGGCUAAUGUAUUUAUUUUUAGAGGUACAGGUUUUAAAUAUGUGUAUUUAAAACAAAUUUUCCUGAUCUGAAUUUUAUCUAUGUAUAUGCAUAUAUAUGUCAGUAUAUGCAUCGUGUAUAUUCUUCUACUAAUACAAUCAGACAUGAAAAAUGCAAAUAAGUUACCCAGCAGACUGAAUAUCUGACAGGAUUUCUAUAUGAUAUAGCACAGAUUAACCAAAAAUGUAUUUAUAUUCACCUGAGUUUUAAUGUUUUUAAACAAAGUUUUCUCCUGCAGUGCUUUUCUGUAUGAAAUACUAGAGUCAUGCUUGGGCUUUUUCCUUUGUUCUUUCCAAGUUAUGUAACGUGUAGUGAAUGUAUCCAGAAUGUCAUCUUAGUAUUUCAUUCCUAGAGCGCUUUUGUGAGUUUGGGUACUAAAGGGAUUAAAACACCUGAAUGCCACAAUGACUGCUGAAAGGUGGAAAUUUGUCAGGGUUCCAUAGUUUCUUAUACAAAGUGGAUCUGAAAAAACACCUGUGCAGCUCCAAACAGCCUGAUGCCUGCUUUACCAGGAUUAGUGACUCGUUUCACAUGGUAUGUUGCUUUCUUCCGAGCCUGUAUAAAUGCAGAGCCCUUUUGCAGAUGUAAGAGCUAGUUUUUGCCAGUGAUCUUUAAUGGAGUUAAAUGUUUAUGGUAAUUGUAACCUUUUAAAUGAGUUAUGUGAAAAGAGCAUCUCAUUUUUAAUACACCCAGAUAUUUUUUCCUUGCCUUUGUGCAUUUUCCAGGACUUAAUUUUCUUAAUUUGUUCUUUCCUUUCAAUUACAGUGAAGUAUAAUAGCCAGCCUAGUAAGUAGAUCCCAUUUGGCCCCUGAACACACUAUCAUCUGCAGUAUCAUAAAAAGUCAUCUAGAAAGUCAAAGGGGAAAAUCAAGAGGCAGGAAUUGGGACAGCAAGAAGGAAAGAAACCCUUCCCUUCUCAGCCCCACUUCACAGUAACUAUUUUCUGACACUGAAGUUUUGUAGAGGAGAAUCAGAAAACUUUGCUUUCCUGAGUUAUCAAAUAUAAAGGCUUUUGCUUUGAAUUUGGAAAAGAUGUGGAUGACUUGACUGCCUGGAUGGUUACAUUUGCUUUCUGUGAAAUGCUCAGAAAAUGUCAGGACAUUCCUUCUCUAACUGUGCGUCAGUGUGUAUUGUAAUAAAACUACUGAUUUAAAAUAACA